AUGGCAUUGGCAUUUGCGGUGAAGGAGAUAAAUGAAAACCCUCAGCUCUUACCAAACCAGACCUUGGGUUUCCACAUCUAUGACAGCUAUUUCAAUGCACAGAGAACUUACCAUUCGACAAUAUGCCUAACAUCAACCAUGGAGCAUUUUGUCCCAAACUAUGUAUGUCAUCAGCAGAAUAAUCUGGUAGCUGUUGUUGGGGGACUAGACUCUGACAUCUCACUUCAAGUGGCAAGUGUUUUGGAUAUUUACAAGAUUCCACAGCUCCAUCAUUUUCUGAAGUGUGUCUCAUUUAACAACAGUUCUGGAGACCAAAUUUCUUUUGAUCACAGCAGAAAGUUAAUAGCUGGAUUUGAUGUUAUCAACUGGAUCAUUUCUUCCAACCAGUCAUUUCAUAAAGUGAAAGUAGGAAGGGUGGAUCCCAGAGCUGAUUCAGACCAAGCAUUCACCAUAAAUGAGAACAUAACUUGGCAUAACUGGUUUAAUCAGGCUCGGCCAUCUUCUCUAUGUACUCAGAGCUGUCAUCCUGGCUCUAGUAAGAAAAAAAGUGAAGGCAAACCAUUUUGCUGCUAUGAUUGCAUCUCAUGUCCAGAAGGGAAGAUUUCAAAUCAGUCAGACAUGAAUGAUUGUUAUAAAUGCACAGAUGAAAAGUUUCCAAAUAAAAAACGUGAUUUAUGUAUUCCCAAAUCUAUAAAUGUCUUGUCCUUUGAAGAACCAUUGGGACUCUGUUUAGCAUGUUUUGCCCUUUUCUUUACUUUGAUUACAGGUUGUGUGCUAGGGAUUUUUCUGAAGCAUCACAAUACUCCUAUUGUCAUAGCCAACAACCGGGAUCUUUCAUACAGUCUCCUCAUCUCAUUGCUACUCUGCUUUCUUUGCACACUGUUAUUCAUUGGCAGGCCUCAAAAGGUGACUUGUCUCCUUCGUCAAACUGCUUUUGGCAUUAUCUUCUCAGUGGCUGUUUCUUGUGUGCUGGCAAAAACUAUCACAGUGGUGCUGGCUUUCAUGGCCGUAAAGCCAGGCUCUCGGAUGAAGAAGUGGGUGGGGAAGAGAUCGCCCAAAACUAUUGUUUUUGUUGGUUCCAUUAUCCAAGCAAUCAUUUGUACUGUGUGGAUGGCAAGCUUUUCUCCAUUUCCAGAUAUUGACACACAUUCCAUAACUGAAGAAAUCAUAUUAGAAUGCAAUGAGGGAUCUAUACUUUUGUUUUAUUGUGUUUUAGGCUACCUGGGCUUUCUGGCCACCAUUUGUUUCACUGUAGCUUUCCUUGCUAGGAAGCUACCUGGCAGUUUCAAUGAAGCCAAGUUUAUAACUUUCAGCAUGUUUAUUUUUUGUAGUGUUUGGGUAUCCUUUGUUCCAAUCCAUCUGAGUGUGAAAGGAAAAUAUGUAGUAGCUAUAGAGAUCUUUUCCCUGUUAGCCUCAAGCGCCGGACUUCUGGGUUGCAUUUUUUCUCCUAAAUGUUAUAUUAUUUUGUUAAGACCUGAUGUGAACAACAGGACACAACUAAUAAAGAGAACAUGUUGA